GAACGAACUCUGUCCCAUAGGCCAUUUUUAGUUUCUUGGACGUUAAAUUUUUUCUCCUUCUUGAUAUCUUUUUCUUAUGAUGACUUUUUUAGUUGUUAAUUUGUGUCUUGGCAAGUACAGAGGGGAGCUGAAUCGUGAGGACUGGACAGUUGCAGGGUCUGCUAAUUAAGCUUACAGGAGAAUAUACACAUUACUGGUCAACAAAACUAUAACUACAAAGGCAAGAUUCUCUUUUACAUCUAACUAGGGGUAUGUGUGAACUACAACAACAAUUAUUUGCAUGAAUUGGAAUAGUCACAGAUUGAUCAACCUAGACGAAGCAUUUUGAUAGUUUUAUUGGCAAAGGACGAGAAAAAGUGAAGUGGAAUUAUGGAACCUGUAGACAUGGAAGUGAAGAGUCAAGAUAGAGCGCCUGAGCAUGCAGAAACAAAGGACAAGGGGAAGGAUACAGAUCAUGAUCAGGAAAAGAAGAAAGAAAAGAAAAAGGAUAAGACCAUAGAUACAGAAAAGAAUGCUGAUGACAUGAAUGAGGAUAAAGAAUUGAAAAAAGAAAAGAAAAAGGAUAAGACCUCAGAUAAGGAAAAGAAGAAAGACAAAAAAAAGGACAAGGAUGGUGCUGAAGAAAAGAAGGGUGAGGACAAGGAGACAGAUCAAGACCAGGAAAAGAAGAAAGAAAAGAAAAAAGAUAAGACUGUGGAUAAGGAAAAGAAGGAAGACAAGAAAAAGGACAAGGACAGUGCUAAAGAGAAGAAUGAUGAGGAUAAGGAGACAGAUCAAGACCAGGAAAAGAAGAAAGAAAAGAAAAAGGAUAAGACUGUGGGUAAGGAAAAGAAGGAAGACAAAAAAAAGGACAAGGACAGUGCUAAAGAAAACAACGAUGAGGACAAGGAGACAGAUAAUGACCAAGAAAAGAAGAAAGAAAAGAAAAAAGACAAGGGAAAGAAUGAUGAGGGCAAGAGCGAGGAUAAAGAAAAGAAAAAAGAGAAGAAAAAGGAUAAGGAUAGUGGUGAGGAAAAGAAGGAGAAGGGUACAGAUCAGGACCAGGAAAAGAAGAAAGAAAAGAAAAAGGACAAAGCUGCAGAUAAGGAAAAUAAUGGUGAGGAAAUUGGUGAGGAUAAAGAGAAGAAAUACAAGAAAAAAGACAAGGAUGGUGCCAAGGAAAAGAAUGCUGAGGACUUAGGGGAGGAUAAAAGAUUGAAGAAAGAGAAGAAGAAGGAUAAGGACAAGGAUCCGGACCAUGCCAUGGAAAGGGAUAUAGGGACUCUGGUUGAAAGUGGAGAGAACAAGAAAAGAAAGCACCAAGAUAAGGCCGAAGUUAAAACAGAUAAGGACAAAGGAAAAAGUGGAAAUUCAGCAGACAAGCUGAGAAGGAAGUUGGAGAAGUUGGAUGCCAAAAUGCAGGUAAUUUUGGCAGAGAAGGCAGAUAUUUUGGAGAGACUGAAAGAAGCUGAGCAGAAGGAAAUGAAAAGCCCUCAGAUUGAUCAUUCUGUGGAAAAUGUUACUGAAAAAUUUAAAGAGGCAAACUUAGUAGAUUAAGCCAUUGUUUAAUAGAGGGAAUUAGAGUUCUAAACUUCUAACAAUGACAGAAAGGUCUUUGAGAAGAGAUGUUAAUGACUGAAUCAACGAUGGUAAUCUGGCUCAGUAGUGGAUCAAAAAUGAUUUGGCUAAGUUAGAAUUAGCAUAUAGACCCUGUAACUAUUGAAAUAAAUAAUUUCUUCUUAGCCUCCUCUGAAAUGUAAAUGCAAAAAAAUGACAAUUCUUAA